AUGGUUCGUAGGCUUGACAAAGUAGGGUGGCGCCGAAUCAUCCUCGGCUUCGGACCAUCAUGGUUUGUGAUGACGAUGGGCACCGGGGUUGUGGCCAUUCUCCUCUCCGUGAUCCCAUUCCAGGCGAGAUGGCUCUACUAUCUCUCCAUCAUCGUCUUUUUGUUAAAUGUGGUGCUGUUUGUUUUGGCUUCUCUGCUGACCGUCCUGCGAUAUGCGAUGUAUCCCCGGGCUUGGGCGUUAAUGAUGCAUAACCCCGUGGACCUGUUGUAUCUGGCUACUUUGCCGAUAGGCUUCGCGACGUUGAUUGAGAUGUGGGUUUUCAUAUGCGUUCCGGCUUGGGGAUACUGGGCGACAAUUCUGGCUUGGGUGCUCUGGAUGAUUGAUACAGCUGUGUCAGUCGUGACGACUCUUUUUGUGACAUUUCAAUUAAUCUGUCAGCCACACACAGACUCCCUUGAUAAGAUCACCGCGGUCCAGAUCAUCCCCAUAGCCGCCACAAUUGUCGCCGCGGGAGUUGGUGCCGAGAUCUCUGGUGAUCUCUCGAGUAUCACGCAUACGCGAGGCACAAUAAUAACAUCAUAUGUACUUUGGAGUCUUGGAAUGUCGAUGGCUUUAAUGAUCCUUGCAAUAUACUACCAUCGAUUAAUAUUGCAUCAGUUACCCCCAAAGGAGUUGACGAUGAGUUGUUUCUUGACCCUUGGGCCUGUUGGCUUCGGAGGCUUUGGUAUCAUGUACUUGGGAAAGGUGUCCCUAACCGCCUUUGAUGCGACCAACUCCUUCUAUCCCCUGGCCGGUGAAAUCUCUUACGUUAUGGGCCUGAUUGUAGCUUUGGGUCUGUGGGGUUUCGGCCUCCUGUGGUUGGUAAUUGCGUUUGCGACAAUUCUCAAGUCUUAUCCUAUUCCGUUCAACAUGAGUUGGUGGGCGACGACAUUUCCAUUUGGUGUGUUCUGCAUCAAUACGAUUCAGAUUGGCAAAGAGCUUGAGUCGAUGUUCUUCAAGGUGCUUGGGACGGUACUGAGUGUCAUUGUGGUAUGUUUUUGGAUGGUCACAUUCGCGGGCACUAUUCGUGAGGUUUGGCAUGGGCAUGUGUUCCAUGUCCCGUAUUUGGAUGAGCUGCUCUUAGAGGAUAGAAAUAGCGAUAGACUUGAGGAAUGA